UUUUUAUGCGAACACUUGGUGAAAUCCGAGGAGUCACAGAGGAGCGUCUCAUCUUUCUUCCUCAGCAUCUUUUAUCCUCCUCCUCCUCCUCCUUCAUCAUCAUCAUCACAUCCUCCUCCUCCUCCUGUCUGAACCCCGAGCUCCAGCACUGCGGCUUUCCCUGGAACCCUUCAGUUCACGCUGCUUCCUCUCCGGACUGAGCUUUUCAUCCCGUCAACGCUGAUGAGUUUCACAUUCCUGCACACCUUCACGCAGAUGAGACGUGUGCAUGCUCUCUAAAAAUAAGAUAGGACUUAUCUGGUCACUCCUCAUGUUUCUGUGAGCCGGAGCGAUGGGACUCGGAUCGUCCAGCAGAUCCGCUGACAACCAACACAACGAAGAGGUCAACUUCGACCACUUCCAGAUACUGAGAGCUAUUGGAAAGGGCAGCUUUGGAAAGGUAUGUAUCGUGCAGAAGAAGGACACAAAGAAGAUGUACGCCAUGAAGUACAUGAACAAGCUCAAGUGCGUGGAGCGAAACGAAGUGCGAAACGUCUUCAAAGAGCUUCAGAUCAUGCAGAACCUGGAGCAUCCGUUCCUAGUGAACUUCUGGUACUCGUUUCAGGAUGAGGAGGACAUGUUCAUGGUGGUUGAUCUUCUGUUAGGAGGAGACCUGCGCUACCAUCUUCAGCAGAAUGUACAUUUUUCCGAGAGCACUGUGAAACUCUACAUCUGCGAGCUCGCUUUGGCGCUGAACUACCUGCGCAACAAACACAUCAUUCACAGAGACAUCAAGCCUGAUAACAUCUUACUGGAUGAACACGGUCACGCUCAUCUGACCGACUUCAACAUCGCUGCUAUAGUCAAAGACGAUUUAAAAGCCACAUCCAUCGCUGGGACAAAGCCAUACAUGGCUCCAGAGCUUUUCCAGACGUUUGAGGGAACGCACCCAGGAUACUCGUUUGCAGUGGACUGGUGGUCUCUGGGUAUAACAGCCUACGAGCUGCUCCGUGGACAGAGGCCGUAUAUAAUGCGCUCCAGCACGCCCACCGCAGAGAUCCUGCAGUCCUUCCAUAAAGUCCAUCCCUGCUAUCCAGCCGCUUGGUCAGUAGAGAUCAAGUCUCUGUUGAGGAAGCUGCUGUGUGUCGAUGCACAGAAGCGUCUCUCGUCUCUCUCGGAGCUGAAGGACACGGAGUGUCUCUCCGAUGUGAACUGGGAUGCGGUGCUUAGUAAACACGUCCCACCAGGCUUCAUCCCUAACAGACGGAGACUAAACUGUGACCCCACGUUUGAGCUGGAAGAGAUGAUCCUGGAGUCGAAGCCACUGCACAAGAAGAAGAAGAGAUUAGCGAGGAAGACGAGGGAUCAGGGCUCUGAUGGAUCUCCACAGAACGGUCAGCUCCAGCACCGCCUCGACUGCGUACAACGAGACUUCAUCGUCUUCAACAGAGAGAAGUUGCGGAAGACCAAAGCAGACACGGACUCGAGCAACAUGAACCUGAAAGAGGAGAACCGAGACCUCGAGGACGGACAGAACAACAACGUCACCAGCGCAGCGAGUUUAUCGAGUUAGAUUAGAGCUUUAAAUUGUUAAAUUAAAAAAAACCUUCCAAGGAAAGGAAGCUCAUCAACUCAAUCAACUCAGGCUUAGCGAGAGAGCUCCAGGAGCAGCCAGUGGAGGAUGUCUUUAUGAACAGGAAAACGCUACGCUGAGUCAGAUUCCGCUUUAUCUGAGGAAUCGAUGAGCUUAAGAUCAACUGAGAUGCAGAGUGGUGUAAAGAGUGCAGCUUAGAAAUCAAUCACUCCUGCUUAGUUUUUUAUUUUCUGUUUAUUUUCAUUCCUGCACUCUCGUGAAUGUAGAUGAGGAAGAAUCGUCGCGUCUGUAAUGUACGUAAAGAUCUGAUUGGUUAAGAGUAGCAUGAGGGGCGGAGUUACAGUAGCUGUAACUUCAUUCAAACACAUAUCAAACACAAAAACAUCACUUUCACUUGAAUGUAGAUUUUGCAAGAGACUGAGGUUAAAAAAAAAAAAAAAAAAAAAAACAUGGCGAGAUCCAGCUGAGCAGAUUGUGUCUUCUGUAAACGCCUGUAAACACUGCUUUUGUUUUUGAGUUUGUUUGAGCUUUGUGUGCGUUUCUAUCCUGAAUAGUGGCCUUACGCUUCACGCUUCACGCAAGUCGGGUCUGAAAGUCCGAACGCACCAGCAACUGCUUUCAUUUCAUCAGUUAUCAAACACUAAUGCAGCUUUAUAUGAAUUCAGCAACAUGAAUAAGGAAGCAGGAGAGUUCUUGUGACAUUCAGCACACAUCAGGCUGGAUUUAUCACACUGGAUUCACAGGAGAAUUUACAGAAGAAUCAAAAUAUUACAUAAAAAUCCAGUUAGUUGGGAAAAACAUUCGUAUCCUACACUUUCAUUCUAUGUCACUCGACUGAUUCGCUUCAAAUCACAUCCAUAAAUUAAGACAAAUAAGAUUAGCCGUUCAAUUAGGACAAAAGCAACGGCAUCUUAUACACGGAGGAAGGAUGCUGCAAAAAACAGCGUCUUAAUACUUAAUAUCUUGAAUAUAAUCAAAUUGAUCAAUUUUCAAAGAUUACAGUAAACCAAAUUUAAGAUUAUUAAGCCUAUUUCUAGAUAUUUAUACUCCUUUGAAGCUUGAACUUGUUUUGUUUUACAAUUUUGCUUGUUUCAUGCAUUUAUUACUAGAAAGAAGCAAAUGAUCUGCCAGCAGAAUUUGACAAUUUUAAGCUUGAAAUGAGUAAAAUGUUUAGAAAUAGGCUUGUUAAAUAAUAAUCUAUAAAAUAAAAUAAUGAGAAAUAAGAACUUUUCCUUUAUUGUUAACAGUGUGUGUGUUGUGGUAGCAGAUGAGCUGCAGUGGCUGAGCUGCAUUACUGGAACGUUUAGCACAUGCUGCGCUUAGGAGGCGCUCUUUCACCACUUAGUGGCCGUUUUGUCAUUUUCAGCUCUUUUAUUGAGUUUUGUGGGUUAAAUCAGCUGUGUAGCGAAUACGCUUGGUCCUUUACAUCUGAUUGGCGUUAAUCAGCGUCACGUGAGAACUGAAUUUUUGGUUCGGUUUGGCAAAAAGUUUUACACGUAGUUUACUAAACGAUUGUUAAAUGAGGCCCAAUAUUAUUGUGGACACUUCAGAUAAUCUAGAUUUGUGCCCAUAAACAGAUCGCAAUAUUUUGUAGACAUAUCUGUAUUUCAGCAGUCCAUCCAGAAGAGACCAGAAGUGUGUGUGUGUGUGUGUGUGUGUGUGUGUGUGUGUGUGUGUGUGUGUGUGCAGCUGUGAAAUGGUUGAUUUAGUCUUUGAUUUCUGAUAAAAUAAAGACAGUUCUUGCUGAUGCGCUCAGACUUUUAGCCCUGACUGUGUAUUUGCCUUACCUCAAUUCCAAAUGCACUUUAGAGAAGAGCUUCAGUUUUAUGGAUCUGUUGCUUAUUGGUGACGCUUUGCUAAUCGCCACCCUGCGUUCUAGUUACUGGUUUUCACACACCUUCUUUUACUUCUAUGACAUGACAACACACAACUGUGCACUUACACAAGGAGUAAGGUAAGGAGUGUGUAUGAGCAUGAACCUCAGCAGUGGGAACAGCACAGCUGAAGAGAUUUACACACGCUGUACUCAUCAAAAUACAAAAUACACACGUGAUCAAAUUUCAUUUUGAAAAGUUCGUUUAGUUUUUAGCAUUCAGAACAGCUCUUACGAUCGCGACAGGGAUUCCAACAAGGGGAAGUGGAUGAGGUGCAUCAGACGGUGUAUUGGAACGCAGCUGGCAGUGAACGCAGCUCUUUUCAUUUCAGGAAGCACAAAAAAGGGAAAAUUCACCGAGUGCUUUGUUUUAAUUUAUUCGAACUCAUUCACUGUUUCAUUAUUGUGAGGUAUUUGUGUUUGUCAGGUAUUUAAGUUAAGUGAGAAAAAGAGUGUUUACACGGGAUAAAAUGUCUACUAUGGAUGAGAAUGUGAAAGCUUUGCCAUAGAACAUUUAUAAUCUUUGUAAUAAAUUUUUUUUGACAACUCAAAUCAUUCCAAGUGUUCUUAUUCCUGACACUAAAGCACUGCAAAGAAAUAUAGAUUAUUAUUAUUAUUAUUAUUAUUAUUAUUAUUAUUAUUAUUAUUAUUAUUAUUAUGGUAAGAGAUCUUGUGAAGGUAUGGAAACUCCUGAGGUGAUGCCAAGUCAUUGCACAAUAUUCUAGUUUUUAAAACCUAUAAAGUGUUGCUAUGUAAAUGUUUCAGCGCCUUCUACAGGAUUCUGGAGCAGAACCUCUGCGUGUACUCAUAACCUGACUUUCAUGCUUUAUUACUGCAUUCAUAAUGAGAUGAGUUGGCAAACACAAAAAUGACGUGCUGUUUCAUGUUUAAUAAAAUAAUGAAAUCAGUUUGUUUUCCAAAAGUCAGUAGAUUCUUGAAGGACCAGCUCCAGAACACUUUUCCACCCACAGGAGAGCUGUCUGAACUAAUUUUCUGAUUUUCUUCUUAAUAAAGAUGCAAGCAGGCAAAACCUGGAGAAGAGGAAUAGUUUUACUGAAGCUUCAUGUACAUACACAGGUGCUGUCCAUUAAAUGUACAUUUCAACUGCCUACUCAAAAAGUCCUUUAUCUAAACAUGUACAGUUUGGGGCAGUCAUGGCCUAAUGGUUAGAGUCUCGGACUUGUAACCCGAAGGUGAACCUGAAGGUCUGACGACUGAGGUGAGACCCUUGAGCAAGGCACCGAACCGCGGCAAAAAAGGCUGCCCACUGCUCCGUGUGUGUGUGUGUGUGUGUGUGUGUGUGUGUGUGCGCACUUGGAUGGGUUAAAUGCAGAGCACAAAUUCUGAGUAUGGGUCGCUACACGUCACUUCACUCACUCACUCAUCUUACCCAGGCAGAUAAACCUGUUUCCUGGCAAACACAUUCCUGUUCACAACAGAUGGAUUGUAAGGUGGUUUUCAUUAACACAUGGAUCUUGAGAACUGUUUAACAUGCACCACUAAGUCUGAAAAGCCUUAAUCUACACAGCAUGAUGAUAUGAAGUAAGAAGAGCUAUAAUGAAUUUGAUUAUAUUCAAGAUAUUAAGUAUUAAGACGCUGUUUUUUGCAGCAUUCUUCCUCCGUGUAUAAGAUGCCGUUGCUUUUGUCCUAAUUGAACGGCUAAUCUUAAUUGUCUUAAUUUAUGGAUGUGAUUUGAAGCGAAUCAAUCGAGUGACAUAGAGUGAAAGUGUAGGAUACGAAUGUUUUUCCCACCUAACUGGAUUUUUAUGUAAUAUUUUGAUUCUUCUGUAAAUUCUCCUGUGGACGAUUUACAAAUAAAUGUAUGAAUGUCACAAUAACUCUCCUGCUUCUUUUUUGAAAUGUUUCUCAUAAAGCCAGACAUAUGGCUUUGGACUACACAAUCACACACACAUGCAUACACACGAAAACCUACUGGUCUUCUCGUCUCAUGCCACUUCCACAGAAGUGUUGAGCAACAGCUCAGUGCACUAAAACCCAGCGUUAUCUUCCCAAGAAAGGACCCUCCUCUCACAAAAACAGGUUAAAGGUUGCAAACAAGAGAGAAGGCAGGAGGACUGGAGCUUAUCAGUGCGAAAUAAAAAAUAAAAAUAAAAAAAAAAAGAGAUGAACAUAGAAAUGGCAUUUUGUAUUUACUGUAAGAAACAAAAUUACAUAAAUGUUUUUGUGAACAGAACUGAUGUUUCAUUGGCCUUUUAGACCUCAACUUAUGGCUGUUUCCUGUUCUUGGUUUUGUGCUGUUUUUUUAUUUCUGCAAGAACACUUUCCAAAGAAUAAAUCAAGGAUAAAGAGUUCAUGUUGCUCAACUGAUAAAUGAAACAAUACACACAACAAUAUACAAUACAACAAUACACAAUAAAAAAAACAAAAUGAACACAGGAAACACCUACAAGUUCAAGUCUAAAAGGUCAACAAGUGCUAUUAGUAAAAUUCUUUCUAUAAUUUAGAUGGUGUUACCAGCAUGGAUGUUACAUUAAUAAACAUUAUCUCUUCAUGCAGCUCAUGUUCAGAGCUCAACACAGCAAUUACACAGAAGCAAGACUGUAAAAACAUUUCAUUAUUUUUGCUUGAUCUCAGUGCAAAGAUUUUGGAAGUUAAAAACAUGAAGGAAUGUGAAG